AUGAAAGACCAGGUGCGAACGAACUUGGCCAAUUCAGGUGAUCAAAGCAAAAUUGAUUUUGCAGCGCGCAUGUCGGAAGGGGCAGACGUGGUGAUUUUGAAAGUUUGGAGACCCAUCGUCGAGGUCACCCGUAAUCAUCUUGGGAUCCGCAAAUGGAAUUCGGUUUUGGAGGGAGACGCCUUGAAGUUGGAUAGCAGGCUCAAAGAUGAUCAAGAUGCACUCCAAGCAUGGAAGUACAACAACCGUCAACAAUGGUUUUUCGCAAGUAACCAACAACCACAUGAAGUUUUUGUAAUGAUGCAACACAACAGCACAGCACCUGAUGGUCACGGAAUCAACGUUCCACAUGCUGCCUUUAACAUCGAAGGUCACCAAAGUACAUAUUCACGACCGAGUUAUGAAACCAAAGUCAUUGCAAUCAUCAAUGACCCACCCACAAGUCUCCGGGACAAAAUCAGAUCAUCUUUAUCCCGGUCCAAAAUCUCAAAUAAAGUUCAUCCUGGUAAGCUGCGUUUCAGGGCUUCUGUUGGAUGUUUGUAG